AUGCGGCAGUCCCUGACUCAGCAGCGCCCGGGCGGCGUUGCCCUGCCCGACUCCGUGGGGUCGUUCAAUAGAAGAAAAAGAAAUUCCCUCUACGUAACUGUGACUCUCCUCAUUGUGUCAGUAUUAAUUCUAACGGUGGGCCUAGCUGCUACAACAAGAACCCAAAAUGUGACUGUUGGAGGUUAUUACCCAGGGGUUAUUCUUGGUUUUGGGUCGUUUCUUGGAAUAAUUGGAUCAAACUUGAUAGAAAACAAAAGGCAAAUGCUGGUCGCAUCGAUCGUCUUCAUCAGCUUUGGCGUGAUUGCUGCGUUCUGCUGUGCCAUAGUAGACGGUGUCUUUGCUGCCAGACACAUAGAUCUGAGGCCGCUGUACGCAGGGCGAUGUCAGUACUACUCCAAGAGUACGACCCCACCAGAGGCAAUCUGUCACCCACAGCGCCGUGCACCUUGCACGCCGAAAAUAAAAACCAACACCUGCUUCUGCUGUGACCUGUACAACUGUGGAAACAGAGUAGAGAUUUCUGGAGGCUACUAUGAAUACAUUGAUGUCAGCAGCUGCCAGGACAUCAUCCACCUUUACCACUUGCUUUGGUCAGCAACGAUUCUGAACAUAGUGGGGCUAUUCCUAGGGAUCAUUACAGCAGCGAUACUUGGAGGCUUUAAAGACAUGACUCCUUCCCUCCCUACGCUGAACUGUACGGUUGAAAAUGCACACCCUUCGGUGUCCUACUACUCAAGGCCACAAGUGACAUCUUAUAACACCUACUACCACAGCACUCCUCACCUGCCUCCCUACUCCGCAUACGACUUUCAGCAUUCCAGUGUGUUUCCAGCCUCCACUCCUUCUGGCCUCUCCGAUGACCCCCAGUCAGUGUCGCCAUCUCCCAGCUAUAUGUGGUCCUCUAAUGCGCCGCCUCGUUACUCGCCACCGUAUUUUCCACCUUUUGAAAAGCCACCACCUUAUACACCAUAAAGAAUGUGGGAAAGAAGAAAAAAAUAUUUGCCAUUGAAAUAAUUGUGAACAUUUUGUAUUUAUAUUUUACUGUGGGAGGGAGCAGGAGGAUAGAUACAGAAGAUAAUUGCAAAUACAAAUAUUAGAUUGGACUGUUCUUUCUUGCGAGACUUAUUUCAGAGGUUUAACAACGGAGUAUGAGGAAAGGGACUGCUGAUGUUUUGCAGUGUCGGUGAGUAGCGGGUGACCUAAAUUCCAGCCUCCUUGUUUUACCGCGAGGUUCAUGUAGUCCUUGGUUUUUAAUAAAGCGAUACAACACAGAUAGAUUCUGGUCUGCCUUACUCCAUCUUGUGCCAAGCUGAAGUAAGGGUAGCCAAGAUCGACAGUUGCUGGAGAGUAUCAGUCUCUUUAAGGUGAGGGUGCUUGCAGACAGCUCAACGCUUGUUUUGUUUGGCCUUGGGGUUCCAGUUGCUGCGAUUUUUGGGGGCCACAGAACCUAGCUCAUGUCACUUGUUGGUUACAGCCUACACACUGGAAAAAUCUUGGGGGGAACCGCAACAGUGUCUCAAACUUUAAUGCUAAUGAAAAGAGAUAACGUCAUAGGAUAUUUUCAUGUAUGUCUAGCAAAACAAUUGGAAUCUUGCUUUUUUGAGGGGAAAAGCUUUAAUAGGCAAGCUGUUUUUAUUUCAGGAUGCUUCUUAAGAUAGAAGGUGAAAUGGAGUUGUCUCUCUGAAUUCUGUGUAAGUAAUGCUGAAGUCAAACAGUUUGGGUGGUUGCACUGCCUAAAUCUUCCUUGUAUUCCUAUAAAGAGCAUCAGGAACUGUCCACAAGUCACUGAAACAGUGCAGUGAAAACUUUUUUUUAUUUUCCCCCUUUCUGUUUGGUUGGGAAUUUUUUUUUAAGCUUGUACUUCUAACUUUUUAAAUGGACUGAAUCAGCACCCUGAAUAAGCACUGGUUUAGUAGCUGUAUUAUGGGCUGCACAUAAGGAAUAUCCACUACUAGUUCUCCAAGAUGCAAGUCUCACAUGGAUAAAAUUCAACACCCUGUAAUAUAGGAUGAAACUGAUAGGAGUUUGCAAUUAUUGUUGUGACUUUCAUUUAAUCUUCAGCUGAUGACUGUGCUGAUUGAUCUAGAUUCCAACAGAUUUUGCAUGCAUCGUGCAUAACAAAAGGUCAGCUUUGUUAUGUGACACACUGUCCUGUAAAGUGUGGUUCUACUCCAGGAAGUGAUUUCAGAUGAGUGUUCAGAUCUGAGCUGCUCAACCUGAGCGUUCUCAACUGCUUACUUCAGGGAUAAAAAUAAGGUACUGACUUUUUACUCCUUAUUUCCUAAAGAUUUAAUUUCCUUGGCAUCAGAUUGUUGACCCUAAUCCUCAGUUGUCUACCUUUACUUUCAACUGAUGCAGACAAAAAGGUACCUAAGAGCUAAAUUUGGCUUUCAGAAUCUAAAAGUGGAAUAC